AGGCAAAAAAAAAUUAUCCUGGGGGGAGGGCCACGCUAUUUUUUUUUUUUCAAGAUCCAAAGAUCUAUAAUUCCUCUAUUAACUUCUCAAAUAUUGUGUACGUCUAUUUGACGUACGUGUCGUAGUAUUAUAUAUGAAAAUCCGCCGGUCAUCGGAGCGAGCAGCGUGUCGGAAAUUUUUGCAUCCCUAAAAUCCCAAAUGGAAUGGCCCAGAAUAUCCCACAAUCCUCUACGCUUCUGAAAUCAACAUGGCGACAGCGAAGAAGCGGAAAAUCGACGAUGUUACUUUUCUUCAGAGGCGAAGCAAUACCAGGGCAGCCAGCAAGAUACACCCUCGAUUGCGGUUGUCUUUACAACCCCUAGAUGUCGAUGAAACCCUGGAGAAGCUCAGCGUGAUGGGUGAUCGCACAAAGGACGAUAUCCAGAGAAGAAAGCUGUGGGCCCUUGAGAGAAUACUCGACGAGCUCCGGCUUCCAGUAACUGCCAGCGACAAGUGUUCCAGUGGUUGGCUAGACUUUGAUUACGCAUAUGCCCUUUUCUGCUCGUUCUUUGUGACAUCACCUAGCGUAGAAUACUUCCGCGAUGUCCUUUUUCACGAAGAUGUUGGACUACCGGUAGUGCUAUACACGCGACCUACGGGUGAGCGGCUCGUUAUUUUGAGUAACAAAUGUGGAUCGGCUUCUGUGGACAUGGCAAACCUUUUGUCUCACAUGUGUGAACAAGAUGAUGAAAGAGAACUCCAUCAGGCCUCGACAGAAAGCCCUCUGACUGCGGAUUUAGUACACCGUGUGCUGGAAUCAAUGACCAAUGAGUACGAUAGGUGGAUGGCCAAACUGCUUCUGUGUACAGAUAAGUCAAGGUCGGAAAUCUAUCAGCUGGGCAUACAUCCUGAUAGGGCCCGCAAGCUGUUGGUCACCCUGAAAGAAAGGCUGUCUGCAUGGGAGGGGAGCAAAAUUGCAGCAAAGGAUACCACUCACCUAAGGCUGACCAAACGGUUGGAAAAUCUUGAAGAGAAAAUUAAGUUGAUUGAGCAGAAGAUCGAACAAGUCAGUGGAAGGUGGACCGCUGAAAGGAUUGGUGAUCUACAGGAACAGAAGGUUAUGCUGGAGGAAUCCCUGGAUAAUGUUAAGAAACUUAAGGAUGCAGAGACACCGUACCAUAGACAGCGCCUCCAACAGGUCGUCAUGCGGAAGGCAAAAGAGCUGGCAGCAGGGAACAGAAUAAAACAGCGAAGUCUUGGUGCUGGUACAGAGCCCAAACUGGAUUCGGAGGACGAGGAGUGGAUUGCUAAGUGUAUAGAGGAUAAGACCACAGUGCAUGGGAGAAGACAUGAAAGUGUGUUGUACACUCACCACCGAGUAAAGAGCAGGGAUCUGCUGCGACUAGCAAAUUACAGGAGGUUACAGCGUGGUGCAACACUGAUUCGCUCAGUAUCUACCGUCGCAGUAAGAUCCCGACCGACAAAUGUCAGAUCCAAGCAAGCAAAGAGACAUAAAGGGAAAGGACUAUGGUGCUCAAAAAAGCCGCCGAAGACCGAAGACAGGGACAAUGAAUGUACCCAUCACCAACGGAAACACGUGGCCCUGGCUAAGGAGCACCUGUUUGGCAACGGGACUGAUGUGUCAAAGAGUCAUGGUCUUAUCAUCAGCAUGGACGAUAAAGCCUAUCUACGUCCUGGGACAUCAGAGGGAUUCACCAGCGCCAGGUGUCAGACUGUACUGCAACUGGCAGAAGACAGCACAAGGAAACUCCCACUUCACGACUUUCCGGAACCGUCCAUGUACAUCACCCCAUCAGCUUUUCGGUUGAUGAGGAAAGAGUCAGUUGAUGCAGGCGGAGAAAGUCGUCUUAAGUCUACGGAUGAUGUGUCAUUGGCAGUGAUUCAUCCCAAAGCAUACGUCGGAACCAACGGAACGACAUGGGGGUCGAACCUAAUGCGCCUGAGGAGGGAAUGCCCAGCGGAAUUUGAAAUCGAGUUGUCACCGGACAACGUCAAGCACAGUACACCAAUCCGGAAACUGUGUGCUUGGGUUGGGGACAGUGUAGCCUAUUUCAUGGACUGCACAAUGGAGGGAGAUGUCAUGAAAGUGACACAAGACCAUGACUGCCCCUUCCGGAUGUAUGAGCUUCAGCGAAUACAGUCCUUAAAGGAUCAAGUCACGCGUGCUACAGAAGAAUGGUGCGACGAGAAGGGGACUUUGCCGGGUAGAGAGAUCGCGACAGGAAGCGAGGUGGUGGACAUGGUUGCAUCCCUCAGCGACAAGAUUGAAGAGGUAGUAGCUGCCCUGUCAGAGUGCACUGGUGCUCCACUCUGGCAACACUACUGUGAUGCUAUGGAAACCUGCUGCACAGUCCAGAAGUUCCUGUCAAAUCUAAGGUUACCACAACCUUGCCCUCAACUUCUGGAGCUGACUGACGCAGGGCCAGGUGUAGGCGUGUCAAACUUUGAAGUCCGGUUUCGAGCUGCAGAGAGGGCAAGAAUCCACUCUACUGACCUUCUGUGCCGUAUCCAUAGAGCGAGGGAGGACUCCGGCCAAAAUGAGGCGGAACGACUUAAUGCGUCUAUGGGUGAUGCGAUUUGUGAUGGUGGAACCAUUAGGUGGCAACACUUCUCUCCGCUCCAUGGCCUGACAGAAGAAGACCUGUCGACAAUGACAAGGUCAAGCCUAGAAGACCAUCGACAGAAGAUGGAGGAGAAAAAUGCUUGGGCUGUGGCUGAAGAAAUAAGGCUACGAAUUGAUGAUUCACCUGCACCAACAGGUUUCAUCAAAAGCUUUAUUGUUGACCAACCAGGCUCUCAGUUCUUCUUCAACCGGGAUCACUUACUCCGGUACAUGAAAACAGCCAAGACACUGAGGACAUCACUUCCUGGGUACCACUACUUCCACAAGAUUGAGGUCUUCCUUGAGAAACACUUCACUAUUGGAGAGCUGUACAUGGAAUAUGUCAAGGGAAGUUGUAAAGGUCUGUCUGGAGAGCAGGAACUCUGCGAUUUCUGCAUGAACCAUGACUUUAUCGGACCAGCACCAGCCCCAGUGCCGCGGCCGUAUCCUGACUACGAACGACUACCAGAGUUCCAUUACAUGCCGUAUGACAAAACACCCUGUGACAGCCGUCCUCCAGAUGACUACCAGCCUCGUGCCCAGCUGAAAGCUGCUGUUAGUAAUAAGAGUGUGCAAAUUGAUAAUGCUAAGUCCAUUGAUCAGUUUUCCCAGAAGUACAUAGUUUCAGUAGAGAAUGUUAAACAGUAUGUUGAGCAUAUGAGGCUUGUACAUUUAAUGAAAGUCAAGAGAGCUACAUUGGCUGUAGAGAAGCGCAAACAACGUGAAGAGAAGGAGUAUGAUGACUAUGACUGGGAAGGUCUGUAUAAAGAAGGUCAGUUAGCAGCCCUACGAGUAACCGAGCUCGACAAAUACCUGUCAGCACACAAGCUUUCCCUGAAAGGUAAAAAAGGAAACAAAGUUGACCUGGUUAGGGCUCAUAUAGGGAAAACUGUGUGCUCAAAGCUGUUGUUGAAUGAUGAUACAUCAGAUGCUGAUGAUACAUUAGAUGAGAGUGAUAGUGAAGACGCGUCAUCUGCAGAGACUGAUGAGGAAUCGGAUGUAGAUGAGGUUGUGCUAGAAAUGGGAACAGAUGCCAGCAGUGACAGUGAUACAGAUGAUGGACAGGGUGCGGUGGGGGUAGGGACAAAUGAAGACGUGAGUAUCUCCAGGUUUGGAAGGAGGAGACAGCAGAAAGUUGUCAACCCUGACUACUUUUAUUGGUGAGAAGAAAUACAGGAAACUGUUGUAAACAUAAAGUUGUUGUAAAAGUGCAUUGCAUUCUGUACUGUGGGGUGUAGAAAGGAGUGUGGGAAGUUGUGAAAUACAACACGUUCUGUACUGAGAGGAGUGUGUAAAAUUGUAAAAGUGAAGUUAACACAUUCUGUACUGAGAGGAGUGUAGAAAGUUGUAAAAGUGAAGUUAAUACAUCCUGUACUGAGAGGAGUGUGUAAAAUUGUAAAAGUGAAGUUAACACAUUCUGUACUGAGAGGAGUGUGUAAAAUUGUAAAAGUGAAGUUAACACAUUCUGUACUGAGAGGAGUGUGUAAAAUUGUUGUAAAAGUGAAGUUAACAUUCUGUACUGAGAGGAGUGUAGAAAGUUGUCAUAAAGUGAAGUUAAACUGUUAACACAUUCUGUACUGAGAGGAGUGUGUAAAGUUGUUGUAAAAGUGAAGUUAACAUUCUGUACUGAGAGGAGGGUAGAAUAACUAGAAAGUUGUCAUAAAGUGAAAUUAAACUGUUAAUACAUUCUGUACUGAGAGGAGUGUGUAAAGUUGUAAAAGUGAAGUUAACAUUCUGUACUGAGGGGAGUGUAGAAAGUUGUCAUAAAAGUGAAGUUAUACAUUCUGUACUGAGGGGAGUGUAGAAAGUUGUCAUAAAAGUGAAGUUAUACAUUCUGUACUUAGAGGAGUUGAAAGCUGUUGUAAAAGGAUGUCACAUUUUGUACUGAGAGGAGUGUGGAAAGUUGUAUAUCCUUCAUUCAUUCUGUGUCAAUAAAGAAGACAGUCGCUAGAA